GGGUUGUUGUACCCUAUCCAGUAACUCAAUAAAUUUUUUACCGACGGGAACGCUGCCGGUGAGAUCCCGCCUCGGAGGUGGAGGGGGCGGCCCCGGACGGGGCGGGACGUUGAAGCGGGGCAGGGCGGAGCGUGUGCGGGGCCUCGGCCGGCGGCGGCGGCGGCGGAUGGCGGAGCCGUGGCGGGGAGCGGAGCCGCUGUGGCGGACGCCGCCGGAGCGCCUGGCCCCGCCGCACAUUUACCGCAUGGCGGGGGCGUUGGGGGCCGAGCUGCGCCGACUUUCCGGCCGCUUCGGGCCCGAGGCCGUGGCCGGGUUGGUGCCGCCCGUCGUGCGGCUGCUGGAGCUGCUGGAGGCGCUGGUGGCCCCGGUGGGAACCGAGGGGGAGGCGCCGGCACAGCCGGGCGGGCGGCAGGACGCGGAGAACCCGGAGCAGAGGCUGUGGGAGGCCGAGCACCGGGAGCGAGCCCUGCACAGCCGCCUGGCCCGCCUGGAGGAGCAGAACCGGCAGCUCCUGGGACAGCUUGCGGAGAGCCAGUCCCAGGAAGACAGCACGGCGCGGAAGGAGCGGGAGGUGAUGCUGCGGCUGAAGGAGGUGGUGGACAAGCAGAGGGAUGAGCUUCGUGCCCAGGCCCACGAGAUCGUCUGCAAGAGCCGAGACACGGAGGCGCUGCAGGAGCAACUGCAUCGCUUCAUGGCCAUGAACGAGGACCUGCGUCACAAGGUGGCCGUGGUGCAGGCUCAGCUCAAGAGCGCGCUGGAGAAGAAGUCGGACCUGGAGGCCGCGAUGCUGCAAACCCAGAGGGAAACGACCAGGAGGAGCAGGACCAGUGAGAUCCAGCGGCCAAAGCCCAGCCUGGAAGGAGCACCGUCGCCCGCGGAGGAGCCGCAGCACCAGGAUGCGGGCAAGAGCCCUGCUCACUGCUGCUUCUCCAAGGAAGAGUUGCAGCAGAUCCUGCAAGAGCGGAACGAGCUCAAGACCAACCUGUUCCUGGUGCAGGAGGAGCUGGCCUAUUACCAGCGGGAGCUGCUGAAUGAAGAGAGAGUUCCCAGCUUCUUCUUGGAUGCAAUGAAGUCGACUAUCAAAAGACAGAGAAAAAAAAUCAGAGCCAAAAUGCUGGGAACGACGGAGGAGUCGGCGAGCAGAGAUCAAAGGUUUCAUGUCUGCAGUUGAUGUCUUGCUCUGGCUUAGCCCUGGGAGCGCCGCAGGGGCUGGGCUCUUUGCUGCAACUCGCACGUCCCUGUCACCAGUCACGCAUGGCCUGGCCUAAUGCCGCUUGUCCCUGCGUGGAUGUGGCAAAAGAGAGGCGAGGUGGUGGCACUGGAACCACUGCACAAGGCAGGCUGGUCCCUGCACUGUAUGGUUGAAGAUGACAGUAGAGAUGUUCCCUGGAGGCUCUGCAAGACGUUUGUGGGCAGCGUUGGCUCCAACAGACUUCUUAUGAUGGGGAGGGGAGGACCCUGUCGGGCACCAGCCUCAGCUCUGCACAUCUGCCGGUGGUGGGGGGCAAAGCCUGCGCUAAAGCUGCUGUAUGAUGUGGGGGGAGCUGGAUUUCACUGGCUUUUAGGGGCUUUAAUAAAGGUCUGAAGGGGGCUGAGCUCUUCUGUGCUACUGAAACCUGCUGCUUGCUUUGUGUUGGGGUCUCUGCUGGCAGCAGGGGGGUCUGGAGAUGUCGAGUCCUGCCUGCUCGCCUCCCUGCCCGGUGAGGAUAGCCGCUGCUAUAUGAAUGCUGCCCCGCGGUCAUCUCGUGAUCCCCGCUUCCCUACAAGGCCUGGCUGUCACCCGCCUUGGUGCCAGGAUGCCACCCGCCCCGGCCCCGAGCUGCAGCCGGUGGUGCCAAUUGUCGGGCUGUUCCCCCAGAAAAGCGUGCGCUUGCCAUGUGGGGUGAGAUGCCUAAAGACUUUACAGCAGGUUGUGGCUUCUGUUGUGGCAACCGGGGACACGCCGUCUGCUGACCAAGCACCAGGAGUUUGAAGCUGGUGUCUGAAGAGCUUUGUGGCUGGAGAUCACCGAGCCAGGAGGGGCUGGGCUCGCCAUGAAACGCGGCUGUAUCUGGGACACGAGCAUCGCUGUGGCUUUGCGGCAGAUCACAGCCCGCCGGUGCUUUGCGGCACGGUGGCUCCAGUCCACGUGCCCCUGGCUCUGUGGCCACCUCCGCACGUGUGGCUCUGCAGGUGACACCCCUCGGCUCGGGCGGGAGCCCCGGGGUGACUCCAGCACUCGCUGCUGCGGUGAGCCUGUGACUCAGCACAGGUUUUCCCCCUGCUUCUUUGUG